AGGAAGGAGGUCAUGCCUAGUAGAUAGAAGCUUGGGCUCACCACAGAUCAGAUCUCACUUGUCUGCAGGGGCACAGGCAUCCUCUGGAGCCCCCUUCUCUGAGCCCCCCGAUGGGAAAGCCCCCUGCUGCCCGCAUCCUUUGGGUAUGUCAGGUCUGCCAGUUUCUGUGCUUUUGUCCAUCUGUGCAGCCUUGUCCAGUGGGAGGCAGCGCCAUGACCAUCACCUUUACAGUCCUUCUCUGCUUCGGACUGUGUCUGGGCCAGAUGACCCACGUGCAGGCAGACAAACAACGUGGUCAGUUCCCAGCAAGCCUCUGGACUUGGCAGUCACAGCCCCUGGCAGCCACCAUUCUACUCUCUGCUUCUACGAAUCUGGCCCUGUUUAGAUUCUUCACAGAAGUGGAGUCAUGCGGAAUGUUCAACAAACCCAACCUCUCAGCCCUGCCCAGCCCCAUUGUGACCUCAGGAGGGAGCGUGACCCUCCAGUGUGGUUCAUGGCAGGAUUUUGACUGGUUUGUUCUGUGUAGCGAAGGAGGAGAGGGCCACCCCAGACACCUGGACUCACAGCACCAAGCUGAUGGGUGGUUCCAGGCACUCUUCACUGUGGACCAUGUGAGCCCAAGUCACAGGCGGACAUACAGGUGCUAUGAUUAUUUCUUGAGCUCUCCCUAUGUGUGGUCCACCUCCAGCCACAUUUUGGAGCUCCUGAUCUCAGGUGAGGAAUUCAGGGCACGAUCCUAGAACUCCUUGGGUCUCCAGACCAGUGAGAGGAGCCUCAUCUCAGGUGGAACACGGGGUAGGAUGAGGUUGGGGCAAGAGAGCUCAGGACUCUGGGAGCCAGCAGUGGGAGGCCUGUGGGAGGAGGAGGAGGAACCUGACCCUCUUGGAAACCAGAAACACCUUUUCUCCCAGGUGUGUCUAGGAAACCAUCCCUGUCAGUCUUGCCAGCGCCGGUGGUUGCUCCUGGACAGAGCCUGACCCUCCAGUGUCGCUCUGAUGUCGGC